AUGAAAUAAAACCAAAAAAAUAAAGAAAGUUAAACAAAAAAUUACAAGUCAAAAAUCUAAAACUAUAUUAAACAAUAACAAAAAGAUCCAUAAAAGAAGGACAUGACAAAUGAAAAAAUCCUAACAUAAAUGAUUCAUGAUUCUUUAAUUAUCCAAGAUGAACAAAAUUUUAAAACUACAACAUUUGAUAAAAUCAAAGAAUCUUAAUGGAAAUAUCAAGUUUCAAGUAAUUAUAUUUUUUAAAAUAGAACAAAUGCUUAAUAAAAUAAUGAAUAAAAAUGAUAAAAUAUUAAACAUUAUAUCAUCUAUUUUGCUUAUAUUAGAUGGAUAUUUCCAUUUUAAUAGUAAAAAAAUAAACUUGAUUUAUGUAAAAGUUCCAUAAGUCUUAAUUUAUCAAAGUUUUUUUUUACUUCAAUCUACUGAAAAUUUUAGCAUAUUAUUUGAGGUUGGUUUACAUAAAUCAGUAGAUAAUUCUAAAUAAUAAGUAUAUCUAUUUAAAUUAUUAUAAGAUACAAUUUAUUUGUUUUGAUAUUACUCAAAAAAUCACACUAAUAGAUAUAUUCUUUUAUCAAAAAGGAUCUGAAAUUACAGAUACAAUUUAAGAAUAUUAGAGAAAUAAUUUCAAAAACUUCUUUAGAUCUGAACUAAAUUAAAUAGAAUGCAUUAGUCUACCAUUAACAGGGAUUAAUGCCAAAUAAUAAAGUUACUUAUUUAAAGUUGAAAAACAAGUAUGGCCUGAAUCUACUUAUUAAUAAUUAGAUUCAAAAUUAAUUUAAUGGAUACCUUUAAGAUUUAAGUAGUCAACAGAAUAAAAAUAGAAUAUGCUAUCUAAAGGAUAAUAGUUAAUAAAGAAAUCUUUUUAUGAAAAAAUUAAUAAUUAGUAACAUUAUGAAGAAGUUGGAAAUUAAAAUAAAUAUAAAUUGAUAUAAUUUGCUGAUUUUGAAUCUGCAGGGUAAAUUUUAGAUUUACUUGAAAAAUCUUCAUAAUUUAAAAUAAAACUAUCAACUUAAGAAAAAUAAAUCGUUAGUACAAAAAAUAAUGCAUUAGUUAUUGGUAGAAGUGGAACAGGUAAAACAACAAGUAUUGUCUUAAGAGUAUUUGCAACAGAGAUGUUGGUGAAAGUAAGAAGUAAAUUAUUAGGUUAAAAAAGAAUAUAAUUUUUGUAAGAUUAUUAGGGUAAAGAAGUUUAAAUACAUUCAAUAUUUUCAACAGCUAAUAAGUUUUUAGUUUAAGAAGUUGAAAAAUAUUAUAACAAAUUAGAAAGAUAAGCAAAAGAUUCUCUAAAUAAACAUAGAGAGAAAUAAACAUUUAAUUCAGAUGAAUCCUUGUAAUUUAAUUAUUUAUAUAAAUUAGUGUUUCAAUUAAUGAAAGUGUUAUUACAAACUAUGAAUGUGAUGUAUUAGAUUUUGUUUUACAAGAGGAUUAAUUAUUAUAAUCUUAAUAAGAAUCCAAUACUUCUUUUGAUAAUUCUAAAUGGAAUUAAAAAUCAUUUUAAUAAGUCAAUUUUCCUGGUUUUCUUUCAACAGAGUAAAUCUUAAUGCUAUUAGAUAAAUAAUCUUUAAAUCCAUUUUUCUCUAAUGAUAAAAUCGGUAAAUUUAGACAAAAGCAUUAAGACAAAAUAGGAUUCUAAGAUUAUAAUGGAAUUAAUUUAGACGAAUGGUUUCCUUAAAACGAUAAAUAAUCAAAUUAAUCUUAAUUUUCAUAUUAUUCAAGUAAUGAGCAAAAAAAAGAUAUUAUUGUUCCUGAGGUAGAUUUUAUGUUUUUUUAUUUAUAAUUUUGGCCUUAAUUUGCUAGAAAAGGAAGAAACAACUUUAAUAAUAUUUCCCUUCCAUCAUUAAUUUGGACAUAGAUAUAUUCAUACAUUAAAGGUUCUUAAUAUUCAUACAUGUAUCCUAAUAAAUGUCUUCCUUUAUAGUUGUAUAAAGAAAGAGUUGGAAAUUAUUUGAAUGAAGAAUAAAUUUAAGAAAUUUAUCUGUGUUUUGAAAGUUAUGAAAAAUGGAAAGAAUAAGAAUAAAUUCUAGAUUAAUUAGAUAUUAUCAAUUCCUUAUUAGAAAAUAUUGAAUAAAAUAAAUUUAUUAAAUUUCCUAUUCAUUAUUCUUAUAUAGAUGAAGUUUAAGACUUACCAUAAGCUAUGAUUGAACUUUUUUGUAAAAUAACAGAAUAAGGAGUUAUAUUUUGUGGAGAUACUGCUUAAAGUAUUUUAAAAGGUGUGGGUUUCAGAUUUUCCGAUUUAUAAACCUUAUUUAAAACAUCUAAAUAAAUAGGAUCUAAUUAAUUAGAGAAAUUUUAAAUAUAUCAGUUAACAACUAAUUUUAGAUCUCAUAAUAGUAUUCUAUAAUUAGCAAAUUGCAUAAUUACAUUAUUAGAAUUAUUAUUUCCAAAUUCAAUAGAUCAUUUAAAAAAAGAAAUCUCAAAUUUAAAGGGUCCAAAACCUAUUAUUAUUUCUAAGAAUGAUCCUGGAUUGAUUUGGAAUUGUUUAAAUUAAGAUUCUGAUGCUGAAGAAUAAUGUGAUAUAGAAUUUGGUUUUAAUUAAGUUAUAAUAGUUAAAAAUUAAGAAGCUAAAGAAGCUCUACCAGAUUAAUUUAAAAGAGCAGCAAGAGUAUUAACAACUUAUCAAGCAAAAGGAUUAGAAUUUGAUGACGUCAUUAUAUAUAAUUGUUUUAGUUAUGAUCCAAUACCUUAAUAAUAAUGGUCAUUUUUAUCUUGCAUUGAUGUAGAUGAAUUUUAUAUUGAUAAAUAAGUUUUCGAAGAAUCAAUAACAAGUAUUUAUAUAUAUAUAUGAAUUAGAACAUUAAGAAUAAAAUAACAUUUAUGAUUGGAAAUUUACAGAAGAUUAAAAAUCAGUUGUUUAAAAAAAGAUAAAAUUAAAUUAAAAUUAUAAUAAAUAGAAAGUCAAUGAGUAUUCAAGUUUAUGUAAUGAAUUAAAAAUGCUUUAUGUAUGUAUUACAAGAGCUAAAAAAAGAGUUGUCAUAUAUGAUGAUGAUCCAAGUUAAAGAUCGUAUUUAGAAAAGAUAUUAAAGCAAUAUGAUGUUUGUGAUUUUAUUAAUGAAUAUUAUCAAAUUUAGUAAGUAAUGAAAAAUAGAUAGGAUAAAUUAAAGUUAUAUUAAUAAUAUAUAUAAAAUAAGCAAACAUAAUAGAAUGAGCUUUAAUAAGAAUAAUAAGAUAGAUAACGAAGAAUAUUAAAUGAGUAAGAAAAAUAAGAAUGGGAGUAAUAAGGAUAAUUGAUGUUUUAAAAAAAGUUUUAUGAUGAAGCUGAGAAAUGUUUUCAUAGAUGUGCAAAUAAAAAGAUGGAAUGUUUAUCUUCAGCUUUCAAUUUAGCUACUAGAGGAUCUUUAAAAUUAGCAAAUUAUAAAUCAUUUUAAAUUUAAUAUAAGGCAAAUCCAACUUUGGAAUUGAAGAAAAAAAUAGAAGAAUUAGAAUAAUAAUUAACUUAAGAUUUUGAAUAAGCGGCUAAAAAAUUUUUAAAUCCAUAAAUAAAUGACUAAUUUUAGGCUGCAAAUUGUUAUUAUUCUGGUAUGAUGUAUGAAAUUAGCACAAUAUUAUUUUUAAAUUAAAAUCUAUAUCCCUAAGCUGCAAAAAGUUCAAAGAGAUUAAAACCAUUAACACUUGCUAUUGUGAUUUAUUAUAAGUUAGGUAGAUUGACAAAAGUAGUAGAUCUAUUAUAAAAAAGUUAAUAGGAUGAAUUCUUCAAAUAUGAAGUUCUUAAAUAAUGUCUUUCUAAAAACCUUUUAAAUAAAGAUUAAGUUGAACAAUAUUUACUGAAUUAAUAAUACGAACAAUUAAAUAUUUUUAAUUAACUAGUUGAGAAAUCUUAAGGCAAAAAUAAUCAUAAAAUAGAUAAGGAAGAUUUUAUAAAUAAAAAUUUUUCAAAAAAUAUUAUUUAAUAGGUUGCAAUUAAAGAUCUUUUUGAAAAAGAAUUGGAGGCUAUACUUGAUUCUCAAAUUUAAAUUAUAAAUGAUCUUGAAGAGAUGAUGUUUGAGUAAUUGAAAGUAUUUUGGAAUUUAUAUUUUGAAAUUCUUGACUAGAAAAUGAUUUUGAACCCAUUUAUUAAAAAAGAAAUUUCUAAUCUUUUUGAGGGAAAAUAAAUUAAAAUAAAUGAAAAAUCAAAAGAAUUUGCUAUUGAAGUAUUAGAACAAUUGAAUCAAUAUUAAAUUUUAAUAGUCUUGUAUCCAGAAAAACUAUUAUUAUCAUAUAAUGGUUUUCCAAGUUUAAAGUUUAAAGAAUAAGAAAUUAAAGAGAAUUAUUACUCAAAUAUAUUUGAUUCAUAAACAAGACUUCUAGAAUUAAUAUUUUUAGGUAAAUUUGAAGAAUUGAGAAAAAUAAUGAAACAGUAAAAUGAAGAUUAAAGAUAAUAAUAUCUAGAAUUAUCUGAUUUAUUAUUAAAAAAGAAACAUAUUCUGGAUGUAAAAAAUGAAAAUAUAUUACUUAUUAAGAGCUUUUAUCUUCUAGGAUAAUAUUCUUAACUAAAUAAAAAUAAGGGGUAUAACGAAUUUAGUUAACAUAUGAAGUCUAUAAUUGGUGUAAAAUUCUGUCACAGAUUCAGAUUAUUUUUCAAAUUGCAUAAAUAAAUAUAAUCGGAUCUAGAAUUAACUGAAGAAAAUGUAAAUUUAUUAUUUAAUCUUGAAAAUUAAUAAGAAUAAUUUAUGAUAAUCUUGUACUUUUAUUAUUAUUAUAAAUUUGAGAAGUUUGAAGAAAAAUUUAUUAAGAAUUUUAAUUUUUAAUAGAUAAUAUAGGUAGAGAAAUUAUUAUUCAUGGUUAAUAAUUUAUUAAAAGGAGACUUUAAAGAUAACGAAUAUUAAAGAAAUGUAUUUGCAGCUAUUUGUUCACUCUAUGGUUUUUAUGUUUCAGAAUCAAAAUAUCUUAAUGUCUUUGGUUAAAGUAUGAUUAUUUAAUUCUCAAUGAACUCUGAUGAUUUUUCUUUCGAGGAAAAUAACUUGUAUAUAUAAAAAAUUAUAGAAUUUCCAAAAAAAUACUAAGAAGAAUGGCCUAUUGAAAUUCUAUUUGAAAAGAUGAUUCAAACAAAGUCUUAUUAAAAUGAUAUUUGGUAUGAGGUUUUAGAUCAAAAUAACAAUUUCAUCCCAGAUUUAAUAUUGAUCAUUGAUUAAAUGUGCUAUGAGAUUUAAAAUAGUGAGAUUUCCAAAUAAUAGUAAAAACAACUUAUUAUUAAAGUCAUUUAAAUUUUAGAUUCAUCGAUAGUUUAGAUUCCUAAAUCUGUACAAGAUAUUAUUAUAUAAUUAAAAUUUGGAUUUAUGUGCAAUUUAAUAAGUUUUUAUACUUAUUGUAAAAACAUUAUAUCGAUAGAAUCUAUUGAAUAUUGGGUUAAGUUUCAUUAUGAAUUUAACUAAUAUAGACUGUAUCAUAUAGAUAUUUUAAAAUUUGAAAUUAAUUAGGUAAUCAUGAUUUUGAUUUUAUUUUUUAAUCAUGAUUAUAUUUCAUAAUAGUAAGAAAAAAAUAAAAGAGAAAUAUAACUUAAAUAUAUCAUUAUUGAUGAAGAUUAUUUCACUAAAAUAAAUGAUCAAUUAAUUUAAUAGAUCGAUUAAAUAGUAAUUUUUAAAUCUAAGGAGAUUGAUAAAUUAGAAUCACCAAAUGAUAUUUAAUCAAAUUAAGAAGAAAUAGAGUAAUCGAAUCAAAUUUAAUAAACUUAAAUUUAAGUAAAUUAAUAGUAAAUAGAUAUUGACUCAAAAAGUUAAGAAAAGUUGUAAUCAGAUUAAUAAAAUGAGUCGAUAAAACAAGAUGAAUAAUCUUAAGAUGAUAAAAAGAACUCUUUAGAUAAAGAAAAUAAGUCAUUCGAUUAAGAUAAAUUAUAAAAUAAAGAUUAGUAAUAAGAUUAAGAUAUGAAAUAAGAUUAAGAUAAAUAAGAUAAGUAAUAAAAUUAAGAUAAGUAAUAAAAUUAAGAUAAGUAAUAAAAUUUAGAUAAGUAAUAAAAUUAAGAUAAAAAAUAAAAUUAAGAUAAGUAAUAAAAUUAAGAUAAAAAAUAAAAUUAAGAUAAAAAAUCAUUUGAUAAAGACAAAAAGAUAAAAAAUCAUGAAGCAGUUAAUAAAAUUGAAGAAGAUUAAAAGAAAUUAAAAAGCUAAUAAUCUAAGAAAAAUCAAAAAUAGAGAUAACCAAAUUAAGGGUAGGAAAAAUAAAUUAAAACUUCAUCUUUGAAUUAGACUUAAACAGAAAUUCCCAAUUCGAAUUAACAAUUCGAUUUUUUAAUCUUUGAAUCAUAAAAUAAUAACCUACAUUUUUUAUCCAAAAUUUAUAAAUGUUAUCAUAAUGAAAUACCCAUAGAUUAUAAGUAUAAUUAUAAAUAGCUAGAAUAUUUAUUGUUAGACGUUUAUAAAAUUUUGACAAGAUUCAUAAUUGAAAGUAAAGACGAAAAUUUUAUAACUUAUAUUCAUCAUCAAUUAAUUUUAUUAAAUGAAAACCUUUUUAGAUUAAAAUUAAAUGAUUUGUUAUACCAAGAAGUUUUAGAUUUAAUUAAAUCAUUAUAAAAAGAUCAAAAGUUACAGCAAAACUGCCCUAACUAAACAAAAUAGGAUGAACUAAUAAAUGAAAAAUAAAAUUUAUAAGAAUAAAAUGAUAAAAAAAAUUAAAAUUCUGAAGAAACUUCUGAUAAAAUUGAAAAACCUUUAUAAAAAGAUGAAAUAGUUAAAGAUGAAGACAAGAUGAAAAUAGUCUAAGAAAAAAAUAAACAUGAAGAUGUCAUAAAAGCAAAUAAUAAAAUUGUAGAUGAUCCCAAUCUUAUGAAUUAAUAAAUUUAAUCAAAUAUAGAAGAAUGUGAAGUAAAAUAAUUUAAUACAAGCUAUUCAAUAUUAUUAUAACUUUAAGUUUAGAUGACACUUAGAAAAAGCUUUAAUUAUAACAUGAGUGAUAUAAAUAAUAUUUAAUUAUUUGAAGGAGAAUAAAUUUGCUGCAAAAUAAAUUUUGAUGAUUUUGAUUAACCUUAUUAUCUUGAAUAAAAUCAAAUAAACUAUAAAUAUUUUAAUUAUCAAAUAACUGAAAAGGGUAUUUCAUAUUUAGAUUUUAGAAAUAAAAUAAAAUCUUAAAUUAAAAUUGAUGACAAAUAAAAAAAUGAAAUUUAUUAAAAAAUUGACAAACUAAAAAAGUAAAAAUAUAUAUUUAAAUAUUAUAUUUUUAGAGUCUUACACAAAUGCAUUAAAGAAUCCAAAUAAUCUUCUUAUUCAUUAUUUAAAGAAUUAGUAUCUUUAUUGAAAAGAGUUAGUGAUAUUGAAUUUGAACUAGAAUCAAAAGAAAAGUACUUUAUAAAAUAUAUAUAGAUAAACUGAUUUUAAUAAUAAACUGGAUGAAAUUAUAACAAAAUUAAAGUAAUAUUCAGAUUAAAAUAAAAAAAAAGAUUAGAUAUUUAUUAGAUUAGGAAAAAUGUUGGCUCAAAUAUGA